ACAGUGUCAGCGGUGAAUACAGCUGCUGAUGCAGGAAGACUCGUGUGCCUCAUUCUGCCAACCAAAGAAAGUCUGCAGAGAUCAUAUUACAGGAAGCUCCGCCCAUCUCCAAACGCAUUCUCGACUGACUCUACUCCUCUCACUGAAAAGCAGACAUCUCUCAGAUUCAACAAAAUGCCUGGAAACCUCUUAAAAAAUCCUAAUGGAUAUGAGGAUCUGGAACAUUGGGAGCUGACAGAGAAUGGAGGCGAUCAAUGGCGGACAGAGGACAUGCCGGAGGACUGUGGACACACUUUCAAUGACGAAUCAAUCACUAAAUACUUCUGCACCUCUUUCGAGCUGUGUAUGAAACGACAAGUGAUUGACCUGCUGGCAGAGGGUUACGACCCUGAAAAUUUAGAUAUUGCACAGCCAGCGGUCAAUGUGGAGGACUGGUUCUGUAGCCGAGCAGACUGUGGAUGCAUUUAUAUGCUCACUGUGACUCUGCUUGAUGAAAACCUAGAGGUCAUAGAAGAAUUUAAGCCAGAUGAAGUGACCCUUGACCCCGACUCUGACGACUGCUCUUGGAAACAGGUGAGCCACACAUUCACAGAUUAUGGUCCGGGCCUUCGCUUCAUCUCUUUUGCACACGGCGGUCAAGACACCAAGUAUUGGAAGGGCUGGUUUGGAGUGAGAGUGACUGGAAGCUCUGUUACAGUAGAUCUCUAAACACCAAUUAGACAAAAUUAUGAUUGAUUAAAAAGGACCAGAUGUAUUUUCUCGCACCUUGCUUUUAGUUUUGCAGAUACUGCUCUAGGUGUAAUAGUAACUAAAUAUACAGCUGAAGCUGUACAUGUAAUGCUUGGCCUUAAAAAGCAUGUUAUCAGAUUAGAAUUUUAGUUUUUUUAGAGGUAUUUCUGUUCAACCACUAACUACCUCGUUAUGCCCCUGCAAGCUAUGCAUUUAGUUAGCUUACAUUAACAAUGCACUUCUAAUGAAGUUUCUAUAUGCAUUAGAUCUUCAAUUAGCAUAAUCUCCUAAUGUGAUAUGCAAUAAAAAUAGGUCUGUAUCAUGCACACUUAAAUAAAAGGAGUGUCAAAACAUGA